GGAAAAAAACAACUCACUCCAUGGCUGCCAAAGACACUGAAGAUUGGUCAAGAUGAUUACUGUAAAGAGGACUAAGUCAAGUCAGCUGUUGACAACUGGAAAUACAAAUCCUCCACUUUCACUUUUGAGCGGGAUCUGUGUAGACAAGACAUAAAAAAUGUAUAAGGGGGCGUUAACAGUCCCGUAAUCUGUCUAGUGUGGACCGACAUUAAAUAUAUAUAUAUAUAAUCAAUGUAAACACAACGACAGGUUAGCAGCAUUAGCCUUUCGGGAAACGGCAGCUAACGGUGGAUCAGAGCAGUUUGUCGCCGACAAAUCCGACAAAGAUGUGUGUUUACAUACCAGAGGCGUGUAAAUGGACACUCUCCCGAGCAGUAGUUACUCUUCACAACAACAGUUCGUCUGCAAAUGAAAACGCUUCUUGUUGAAAUGCUGCAGCUCCAGGGGCCGAAUACAUUGAUUUUGUGGCUUUGUAAAAAAAAUGCUGCUCCGUUCGACAAAAAUGCCUAUACAAGUCACAGUUGCACGUACGCGUUUAUUUGGCGUUCAGAUCAUCCAGUCGCCAAGGGGAGGUAAAUGUGUGCAUAUUGUUAUCAGUAGCUAGCUAGCUUGCUGAAACCUAGCUUCCGUCUGCGCCCCCUGCGCACGGGAACAUGAAUACAGCAAUUUAGUGCGGGCGCGUACACAUAAAAGGGAAACGGCGAUAGAUAUAUACGCUGUGUGUGCGUGAUAGUCGUCACACUCCUAGUUAUAGCGAUGGUCACACUCCCCCUAAUAAUAAAAACUAAACGUAAUUUCCAAUUUUCACAGGUUUAUUGUGUUGUAUAAGAAGACGCAUCGUUUGUUAUGUUUCUUAAUGUCUUUGGAACGGGUUUCGUGCAAGUCAUUGUGUCAGGCCGGACACAAAUGACGAGAACAACGGGUUGUUUACACCGGAAGCGCGGAUCUUCAGUGGGAGGUAGAAGAGUGGCAAGCGGGAAAGGCAGCAGCUCGGACGAUGAAACUGAAGCUGGUGGUGAAGAUGCGGACAUAACUGGCGACACGAAAAGUGGUAAAUAUAAUGAAAAGUCUCGUCAGGACACGGAUGACGACGACUGCCCGUCGACGAAAAAGCAGAAAAGUGAGGAAAUGUAUCCUACAACAAGAUUGCCUAUCCCUGGUUGUUUACUCGCCAUGUUUCCAGACGAUGUGGACCCACAGGACGAGGACAGCUUGCUGCAUGGUGGCCGUGUUCGCUCUUUUAAACACGAGAGAGGAAACUGGGCCACCUAUGUUUAUUUUCGAUCUGCCUUUGGUGUGAUUUUGACCCCACAAGAGGAACUCCAUCUCAGCCUCUCUCAGACAGUGGUGCUAAAACACCACUGGAUCCUGCCCUUCACACAGAGUCUCAAGGCAGGCCUGGCCCGCUGCAAAAGGUUUGUGUGCUCAGCAAGCAGACUGAAGAUCUAUUGUAAUGCUGAGAAGACAAGGACAUUCCUAGGGAUGGAAGUGUUAAAUGGACACGCUCACUUACUGGAUCUGAUCCGAGUGGUUGAUGAAACAAUGACAGAAUUUCACCUGGAUACUUUUUAUCAGGAUCCAUCUUUCCACGUGAGCCUGGCCUGGUGUGUUGGAGACUUCACUGUGCAAUUGAGGAAGCGCCUUCAAGAGCUUCAGAAUGUGGUUGACAAUCAUGAAGAGGGGCCGUAUUAUCUGUGCUUAGACUGUACAGAACUGCGCUGCCGCACAGGAAACAAGACUUUCAGAUUUUCUCUGGAUACGAAGCAGUACCAAGGACCACCAAACAAAUAGGGAUGAGGGAGUUUUGUGAUGGUAUUUUUACACCUUGCAGUAACACCUAAUCUACCACCAGAAAUAACCAAUAAAGUAUAAUCUUUUUAAGAGAAA